ACUACAAAAAAAUGGGAUCUUUAAUCUAUUUCUUUUUUCCUAAAUAAAAGCAGAAUCAAACUACCUAUCCCCUUUUUCCCUCGCUUUCUCUUUCUCUAAUUUGACCACUCAGCACCCUUUUUUUGCCCCAAAGCUAACCCAACAAUAAAAAACAGAAUGGCACAACCCCAAAAAGAAACCUCUGCUUCAAUCAUCAACCCUCCACAUCUCCAGGAAAAAAAGAAAGACAAAGAGCUUGACCUCGGAUCUGAAGAACCUGACGCCUCAUUGCCCUUAACCGUUACUUCCCGGGUAUUGUAUAUGUUGGGAGAUAUAACAGCAGGUCCGGCUUAUCCGUUCACCCAAUGGUUGGAACUGGUUCGUAAACGGAGCGGGAAAUACCGAUCCUCUGGCUUCCCUAACCGUCCCUACAGGCUCUACAGUAUGCCUUCUAGUGCAGAAGAAUCACCCAUUGAUUCACAAAGUCUUCUGCCUACCGAGCAACAUCCAGAAACCAGUUUUUGGGAAAGACUCGGUAAAGCAGUCAUGUUGGACAUCGAGUCAGGCUCUUUUUCCUGGGACAUGCUUUCUUCACUUCACCAUACUGAGCACAAUAGUAGCACUGAACAUUCUGAGGAUGAACAGAAUAAAGCCCUUGAGGUUACUGUCAAUUCUGGAGGAGUUGUUUUCUUUGCAUUAUUCAACCAAACUGGGCUUGAUGAUACUUCUCCAAAGGAAGCAGCAGCUGUUUUAAAGUUUGCGUCUUCAAGGAUGGCCACGCAAUCAGAACGCCUAGGUUAUGAGUUUGCAAAGUGGCUAGGAAUCCGGACUCCUCAGGCUAGAGUAAUUCAUAAUUCUAGCCCAGAGUGGCUUCAAAUAAAGGAAGCUGCACAGAAAGCAAGAGUUACAGCAACCUCAGAAGGAGAUGAAAUAGGUGAAGUCACAUGUUCAGAACUUUUGGAGGCACUAGAGCUCAGCCGAUGCCUUUUUCUGAUGAGUUAUGUUCAUGGAUCCCCUUUGUUAGAAAGCUUAAAUGCAUUUAAUUCAAGAGAGACUGCAGCAGCUCUGGGUAGGGUCUUGAUGUUGGACCUUGUCAUCAGAAAUGAAGAUAGACUCCCUUGCCAUCAACUAAGAUGGCGUGGUAAUCCUGCAAAUUUGUUGUUAGCAGACCAAACAAGCUCUGCAAAUAUUGGCUCUUUGGAUGAAGCCUUUGACUCUGCAAUCAAGCGAUUCCAUCCAGGGGUGAUUAGAGCUAUUCAAAACGAACGAAGGGCAUCUUCAGUUGACAGCAAAUUAAGUGCUCAUAGUCAAGGACUUGUAUCACAGAGCUCUGAUCUUUCUGAUGUCACAGUAUCACCAAAAUCUAGUGACAUGAGCCUAGUAAGUCCUCCAACAUGCGGUGAAUCAUUCCAUUCUAAUUCCCCCAUUGUGGCUAUAGACUCUGGUGUACCUCGUCGGCCCCCUGUUGGAAAACGUGCAAAUGACCAAGUAAUUUAUCCUAAAUUGGUUGAGUUACUUCUUAACAGUUCUAAUUUCUCCUCCAACUUGUUACAUGAUAUAACAUGUGGGAAGUUAGGAUCUGCGCCACCAGAAGAUGGUGAAACAACUGAUAUACGGGGAAAGGAGAAAAACUCAGUUAUUCAGGAAUUUCGUAGUGGAUUCCGUGCAGCUUUAAGGGAUCUGCAGGGAUUCCAUAUAUUCCUGCUGACACUUCAUCAAAAGCUAGAUAGCUUGUUACGUCAAUUUUUGACGAUUUUAAAUAAGACAUCAGGGGACUUAGACAAGGAGGAUUUUGCGGUUCCUGAGUCACCAUUACAUCCUAGCCUUGGAGUUGCUCCUUCCCCAUCUACUCCAACUAGGGAGCGGGUCCUUAGCGAUAACCAAUCAGAUUCUAGUGAUUCGGAGUUACAGAGAACGGCUCCAAAGUCAUCAUCUUCUGGACACAGAGAAAGCAUGGACUCUAAUUCUCCUAUGUCACGAGAAGGCUGGCAUGGAAAGUUCUACAAAGGUAGUGGAGAGCCAUUUCGGAGCUUGCGUUUGACUGCAAAGCUCCGAGACUUCCAUAAGUUUGCCAAGGUUGAUGCUGAAUCAAGCAGAGAUUUGGAACAAUGGAAUGAAAUGCUUAAAAAUGAUGCUGUUAAACUUUGCCAGGAGAACAAUUUCAAUACAGGAUUUUUUGAGGGAAGCGAUAAUAACAGUGUUGUCGAUGCUUAUGAAUUGAAGGUUAGGCUUGAGCACAUUCUUGAGAGGAUAGCAUUGAUAUCUGAGGCUGCUAAUACAGAGAAACCUUCUUUAAUUACUAGGAGCUUGUUCAUUGGUGGGGCACUGGCUGCAAGAUCUGUUUUCACACUUCAGCAUUUAGGAAUUACUCAUAUAUUGUGUUUAUGCUCCAAUGAAAUUGGACAGUCAGACUCUCAGUACCCUGACCUAUUUGAGUACAAAAAUUUUUCCAUAUGUGACAAUGAAGAUUCAAACAUCAGCAGUAUCUUUGAAGAAGCUUGUGAUUUUAUUGAUCAUGUGGAACAAAUAGGUGGAAGGGUUUUAGUUCAUUGCUUCGAAGGGAAAAGUAGGAGUGCCACGGUAGUGAUCGCAUACUUGAUGCUUCGGAAGAACUUAACUUUAUUAGAAGCUUGGAAUGCUCUCAAGCGAGUUCACCGUCGAGCACAGCCAAAUGAUGGGUUUGCAAGGAUUCUAUUGGAUCUUGAUCGGGAACAGCAUGGGAAGGUUUCAAUGGAGUGGCAUCCACGAAAACCAAUGAUGAAAGUCUGUCCAAUUUGUGGGAAGAAUGCUGGUUUGAGCAGCAGCUCGCUCAAGGUUCAUUUGCAGAAAGCACACAAGAAGCUGUCUUCAGGGAGUGUGGACAGUGCAAUGACCAUGGAGAUGCAAAAAACUUUGGAUGCGCUCAAAAUGAACCGUGGUGGGAGCGUAAGCCCCACAUAGAGACAGUCUCAUUCAGUUAUGGAUGAGCAGCAGCAGAACUUUCUUUUUGUUGCAAUGGAAACCCUAAGGAAUUAUCAAUUCCUGAAUUGGCUGCUGCUCUUGCCAAUCUAUAGGCGUGAGUUCAACUCUUCUCAAUCCCAUUUUGUAAUAUCUUACAUGGGUGAAAGAAAAUUAACUUUGUCUUUACAGAGAUAUUUUCCUUGUUACUGUAAGCGGAUCAAGACAGGGUAUUCUUGGUUUAAAAUUAUUUUUAGACUGCAUUAACCAUUGUUUUCACUCAAUAAAAUAAAUGAAACGCAAUUAGUCAGUGAUUUGUUAUUUCUAUUAUAUACUGUUAUUUUCACCAUAGGAUCAUAUAACUUUGCUAGGUUCAAAGAGGGUCGUCUGUUAUGUAGUAAACAGAGCCAAUUCCAGGCUUUGCAGAUGUUGCAUAUUAUUUAUUAUGCAAGAAGCAAAGAAUUUACAAGAUAUAAUCCUGC